CCCAGGACCCUGCAUCCACUAUAUGUGGUCUCCCACAGUACACACUACACAGAAGUGCAAUUAUUUUAGUAAAUAUAAACUGCUAAAUACCUUUUAUCAUCAGCAGUUAGAGCAGUCUUGUGACUUCUAUCAGUGUCCAGCAGAGCACUGGUUAAAGCUUGUAGGAGGAGUUUUCAUUCAGCUCUAGGAGGAUGCAGGACCCCUGACCUCUGUCUGAACAGUGCUGAUUGGCCCUGUGCUGAUCACAUGCACUCUCCCAAGAAAAAAAAACCUCUCUAGCAAUACACACUAAACUGAGCAU